AUUUAUUAAUGAAGCAUGCAGCAGCCAUCCCAUCAAGUUCUUGCGCUUUUUCACUUCAAAUUCAGAACUCAAGCAGAAGAAGAAAAAAAAAGUGAGACAAUUCUGCAAUCGAUGGCUCAAGAAUUCCGACAAGAAACCUUGGAAUCUGGUCCGGUUUCUUUUAACGUUGCAAACGGAGAGCUAGACGACGAUGGAAAACCCAGAAGAACUGGAACCAUGUGGACUGCAAGUGCGCAUAUAAUAACAGCAAUCAUAGGGUCUGGAGUUCUCUCACUUGCCUGGAGUAUUGCGCAACUUGGAUGGAUAGCUGGCGUAGGAGCCCUCUUGGCAUUCUCAUGCAUUACGUACUAUACCUCUGGUCUCCUCGCUGAUUGUUACAGAUACCCACAUCCUGUAAAUGGUGGGAAGAGAAAUUACACCUACAAGGCAGCUGUUCGUGCCUAUUUAGGUGAAAAGAAGCACAAGGCUUGUGGAUUUGUUCAGUUUAUAUUGCUUAGUGGGUCGGCAAUUGGCUAUACAAUUACAGCAUCUAUAAGCAUGAGGGCUAUAAGAGAAUCAAAUUGUUAUCACAAGGGAGGACAUGGAGCUUCUUGCAAGUAUUCAAGUAGCUGGUACAUACUUGGAUUGGGGAUUACUGAAAUUUUCGUGUCUCAAAUCCCAAAUUUUCACAAGCUUUCGUGGCUUUCCAUUAUAGCUGCUAUCAUGUCUUUUGCUUAUGCUGCAAUUGGGCUUGGACUCGCACUCGUCAAGGUCAUUUCAGGGGACGGAGGAAGAACAACUUUGUCUGGAAUAGAAGUUGGGAUGAAUUUAACAACAGAAGAUAAAAUUUGGAGGAUGUUUAGAGCAAUUGGUGACAUGGCAUUUGCUUGUGCAUAUUCUCCAAUUUUAAUUGAAAUCGCAGACACUCUGAGGUCAUCACCACCAGAAACCAAUGUGAUGAAGAAAGCAAAUGCAAUAGCUGUUAUAACAUCAACAACAUUCUACAUGAUGUGCGGUUGUUUAGGCUACGCUGCAUUUGGUAAUAAUGCACCUGGCAACAUGUUAACUGGCUUUGGUUUCUACGAGCCCUUCUGGUUGAUUGACCUCGCCAAUCUCUGCAUUGUUGUCCACCUCUUGGGAGCUUAUCAGGUUCUAUCCCAGCCUGUAUUCAAUACAGUAGAAUUAUGGGCUAAAAUGAGGUGGCCCGAGUCUAAAUUUGUGAGCAGGGAAUACCCACUUAGCAUCGGCGACAAAAAGUUCAAUAAUUUUAGCAUCAACUUGUUAAGGGUGGGUUGGAGAACGACGUUUGUGGUGGUGGUAACUGUGCUAGCCAUGGCUCUUCCUUUUUUCAAUGACAUACUUGCUCUCCUUGGAGCUCUUGCCUAUUGGCCCAUGGCUGUCUACUUCCCUGUGGAGAUGCACAUUGCUCAAAACAAGAUUAAACGACGUAGCAUAAGGUGGUUAGGGUUGGAGAUUUUGAACUUCGUUUGCUUCCUUAUUAGCAUUGGUGUGGCUUGUAGUGCCAUUCAAGGUUUGAAUCAAGGUCUCCAUACUUACAAGCCAUUCAAGUUUUGAGUUACUUCUUAUACAAUCAAAUUUUAUGCUUCUUGUAAUUAGUUUUCUUAAUAAAUUUAUAUUAGCAGGCACAUAGAUGGUAAUUGAGUGAUCGACUUGAUAUGUAUUUAAUGAGAAUCAAAGAAUUUUAAUAUAAGAUA